AUGUGUUUGUUACGGCUGGUGACGCACGAUUGGCAUAUACAACGCCGUCGUAACGCGACGUCGACGUACUGUAAUUGCGUGCAGCCGCAACAACAUUCGUUUCGAUUUUCGCGACUGUUCCCACUGGGACGUGUUUCACCUCCCCGGACGGCCACUGAAACUUUUGUCAAUCACAAAACGUCACGGUUCCACGUGGACGGUUGCAUGUCCCUGUUAUCAGCUCUCUGUACAUCGAUGGAUCUCGCUGACUUCAUUGGAAUGCAAUUGAUCCGCAACAGCGGCGUCAACGGCAACGACAGCAACAACACGAUCGCGGGCAAGACAAAUGCGCACGGCAACAGUGUUCGUCUGCAGAGCGUGAUCGGCAAGCAGAGCAGCUGCGUGCGCAAGAUGAGCACGAUGCUGGAGGAGGAGAAUGCCUCGGACGAUAUGGAUCCUGACGUGAUAAGGAUAGGACAUCAGCACUAUCAGCAUCAUCAACAUCACGACGCUGAUUCGGAUUCACCGUCCGAGGGAAGGAGUCGUUUGCUGAGCUCCACCGAGUCGACCACUCGAAGGAUCGUCAUUACCCCAACGAGCUCGAGCAACCUGCACUGUAACGGCACUGUAAAGAAAGCCUUCCCUCGAAACGACAGUAUCAGCAGCAUCCACGAGAGAACAUACUGUCGACUUCAACAAUCCAUGUCAGGAGACCAAGUCGGUCAAACCGAGAUCAGGCUACACCGAGACGUUCCACAGGGUAUACUUAGGUCCGUUCGAGGGAUCGACUCGCAUGGUGGACGGUAUCACUGUUCCAGCGUGAGAUCGGUGAAAUCUAAUCCGACGAUGGAUGAUCAUCAACACCAGUAUCAUCCACCGGCGGCCAGCUGGGCAUCGAUCGUCUUCUCCGACGGGAACGGGCAAACUCACGUGCGACCGCUUCCCGAUUCCGUCUCUAUACGCUCUCUAGCAUCGAUCGGCAUGGGCUCUUCCAACGGCCGGAAACUCACGAUACGUAGAGUUCUCACUUCGCCGUCGGAGCUGCUUAACAUGGUACAUCCGCCGCCAUCAUUUGAGGAUGACUUGUCCGUGUGUACCAGCUUCGAUGAUGCUGAAGAUGACGCUCAAGACCCUGGGGACUACAAGCAAUCAAGACGACCACAGUGGGCGAACAAAGUUCAAUUUGUCCUUGCUUGUAUUGGUUACUCUGUUGGUCUCGGGAAUGUUUGGAGGUUUCCUUACCUAUGCUACAAAAGUGGCGGUGGUGUGUUCUUGGUACCUUAUUUUUUAAUACUUAUUGUAUGUGGAAUACCAUUAUUGUACAUGGAACUUAGUAUUGGACAAUUCACACGACGAGGACCAAUCGGUGCACUCGGUCAAAUUUGUCCCUUAUUUAAAGGAGCUGGCUUAUCUUCUGUAGUAAUAUCAUUUUUGAUGUCGACCUACCAUAAUGUGAUAAUAGCUUACGCCAUUUAUUAUUUCUUUGCGGCGUUCAGAGCAAAACAACCGUGGUCUGAUUGCGAUAAUUCAUGGAAUACUCUGGCAUGCUGGUUACCUAGUGCCAUCGAUAAUAGGACAAAACCAAACGCUUCUAGAACACCGGCUGAAGAGUUUUUCGACAACAAAGUACUCCAAAUUAGUAAUGGAAUCGAAGAUUCAGGAGCCUUAAGAUGGGAGCUUGUUGCUUGUCUAAUUACUGCUUGGAUUAUGGUAUAUUUCUCCGUUUGGAAGUCUAUAAAAUCAUUGGCACAAGUGAGAUACCUGACCGCGACUCUGCCAUUUCUUUUAAUCGUCAUCUUCCUCAUGCGAUCUGUUACCCUUGAAGGUGCUGACAAGGGUCUACAAUAUUUCUUUCAUCCCAGUUGGGAGCUACUUCGCAAUUCAAAGGUUUGGAUCUAUGCAGCCGCUCAAGUUUUCAAUUCUAUGGGCAUAGCGUUUGGUUCGAUGAUAUGUUUCGCAAGUUAUAAUAAGUUCCACAACAACAUCUUAGUAGACAGCAUUGUUGUUUCUUUUAUAAAUGCAUUCAGCAGUCUGCUCGUUGGAAUAUUUUCAUUUGCAACCAUCGGCAACAUCGCUCUUGAACAAAAUAUGUCUGUCAAAGAUGUUUUAACAGAUGGACCUGGCCUCGUAUUCGUUCUUUACUCGCAAGCGUUAGCCAAGAUGCCAGCAUCGCAAGUGUGGGCCGUGUUAUUUUUCUUUAUGCUAGUCUGCCUUUCUUCGAACAGUCAGUUUACAAUAGUGGAAGUAGUUGUAACGUCGAUACAAGAUGGUUUUCCGAAGUGGGUAAAACGUCAUCUCGUGUGUCAUGAAAUUUUAGUACUUCUAAUAUGUGUUAUAUCCUUUUUAUUUGGCCUGCCUAAUAUCUCACAGGGUGGCAUUUACUUCUUUCAAUUGAUAGAUCACUAUGCUGCCUCGAUAUCGAUAAUGUUUCUCGCUUUCUUCGAAAUAAUUGCAAUAUCCUGGUGUUACGGCGUAAGACGACUGUGUAACAACGUGAAAGAAAUGACUGGACGCGUACCAUCCUCGUAUUUCUGUUUUUGUUGGCUUAUCGCUGCACCUCUUCUUAUCAUGGCUGUGUGGAUAUUCAGCUUAAUUGAUUAUGUGCCACCGACCUACCACAAGUACAAGUACCCGUGGUGGGCAGAAGCGAUCGGUUGGGGAAUAGCUUCUCUUUCGCUCAUUUGCAUUCCCGCUUUCGCUAUCUACGAGUUCAUCAGAGCCAACGGCAACACUUGUGCAGAGAAAUUACGGAACUCUAUUAAGCCGCAUUUCGAAGCGUGUAAAAUUUGUGGCCAAGAAUACUGUAACGAGUCUUUGCAUAAUUUUGAGGAAGAUGUGAUCAAGGAGCAACAGGACGUGAACAGUCCAGUACAACUGACUGUUCCUUUGAAAUCUCAGACAUGA